AUGGCGACCAGCAAUCACAAUGCAGUGGCAGUGGCAGACGAGAAAGCCAUGACUGGCCACCAAGAGAACUUGAAGCUUGGAGACGAUCCUACUCAGUUCGCCGGCCGUGGUCAAGCUGCCACCGACCAGUAUGGUCAUGCGCUCUUCGAAUUCGACAAGAAGGCCGAGUCGAGGCUGCGAUGGAAGAUGGACUUUUACCUUCUUCCUACUGUCGCCUUGUUGUAUCUUUUCUGUUUCAUUGAUCGCGCGAAUAUCGGUAAUGCGCGCCUCGCCGGAUUCGACACCGACCUCAACCUCACCGGAAACGAUUACAAUGUCGUGUUGUCGGUGUUUUACGUCUCCUACAUCGUCUUUGAGAUUCCUUGCAACCUAUGCUGCAAGUGGAUGGGUCCGGGCUGGUUCAUCCCGCUCAGCACUGUCUUGUUCGGAGCCAUCUCCAUUGCAACAGCUUUCGUCAACACGAAAGCGCAAGCUUGCGGAGUUCGCUUCGUUCUCGGUAUCUUCGAAGCCGGCAUGCUCCCAGGUAUCGCAUACUAUCUUAGUCGAUGGUACCGACGCAGCGAACUGGCUUUUCGCCUUGCUCUGUACGUCGUCAUGGCGCCGCUGGCCGGUGCCUUUGGAGGCCUUCUAGCCUCUGCGAUCUUGACGCUCGAUGGCUUUGGCAGUCUUACGACGUGGCGCCAGAUCUUCGGGAUCGAGGGGAUUAUUACGUGCGUUUUGGGACUGAUCGCGUUUGGCACGAUGACCGAUCGACCGGAGACAGCGCGCUGGCUUAGUCCGGCAGAGAAAGAUCUUGCGAUCGCGCGACUGAAGUCCGAGCGUGUUGCGACAACUGAGGUCCUUGAUAAGAUCGACUCGAAGAAACUUUUCCGAGGCAUCUUCAGCCCGGUCACACUGGCCACGUCCUUUAUCUUCCUCCUCAACAACAUAACAGUGCAAGGCCUGGCCUUCUUCGCCCCAACCAUCGUCCGCACAAUCUACCCCAACGACAGCGUAGUCAGCCAACAACUCCACACGGUCCCGCCCUAUGUCGUGGGCGCCUUCUUCACGCUCUUCUUCCCCUUCCUCAGCUGGCGCCUCGACAAGCGCAUGCCCUUCUUCAUCGCGGGCCCACCCAUGAUGAUGACCGGGUACAUCAUGUUUUUGGCUUCGGACGAUGGAAUGACGCGUUACGGCGCGACCUUCCUCAUCGCCAGCGGCGCCUUUGCUUUUGGCGCCCUCUGCAAUGCGCACGUCAGCAACAACGUGGUCUCCGACACGGCGCGGUCCGCAGCGAUCGGGACGAACGUUAUGUUUGGCAACAUCGGCGGGCUGAUUUCAACCUGGUCCUUCCUGCAGUUCGAUGCGCCCGACUACCACAUUGGGAAUGGGCUGAACCUGGCGACGUCAAGCAUGUGCUUAAUUCUGAGCGGGCUGCUCUGGGCGUGGAUGCGCUGGGAUAAUAAGAAGCGAGAGGAGACGGAUGUGGAUCAGGUGCUGGAGGGGUUGAGCCCGCUGCAGGUGCAGGAUCUGGACUGGAGGAAUCCCGCGUUCAAGUGGAGGCCGUGA